UGCAUAAUUUACACGCAUCCAUCAUGUCAAAAAUAACCUCAGUUUUGACUUUUCAUAGCAGGUUAGGAGAAUUUACGCAGCAGCCACCUGGUUACCAUCGUUACCGGGUAAGAAGGUAAACAAAAGGAAGAGGGAACAUGGCGGCGCGGGAUGCAGCUUCCCUGCGGAGCGUUGCGUUUGGCAGCUGCCAGGAACGAAAGUUGUUUCCGACCCACUGUGCACCUAACUGGCUGGGCAAUAAACUGUCACUGGAGGGAGCCCCACACCGUGGCCCCGGCUGCUAUGAUAAUCAUGUUGGCACCAUUCUGUAUGAUGUACAGAAGAGACCUGAGAGUAAGAAAGGAUACACUCUUGCUGCAAGGACUUCUGCACGGUUUCUGCCCUUUGCUCAGACAAUCACUCCUUCCCCUCAGAGGUAUCAGCAGGACAGAACCUGGUCUAAAGUGUACCCUCCUGGCAGAAUCCCCUUCAGCUCCACCACACAGAGGUUCAGGACCAACCCUGUUACAGCUGACUCCAACCCAGGCUCUGGGACAUAUGCUCAUGAUACUACUCGAAACCGGAAGGUGUCAUGGCCUAUGAAAUUUGGUUCCCCAGACUGGGGUAGACUGCCCACAUUAGAGAGGAAAGCCUUGAGGACAGAGCUGCUUUGUGACAAGGAGUUUGCGAAGCAAAGGAGUCGGGUGGCAUAUCUACAGUUGUUCUACUCCUGACUCUUCUGGAGGUCAAUCUGAUGUAAGCAUAAAUAAAGUGCUUUUAUUUCUCAA